GACUUCGUGGAUGCAUGACCCGUUGACGUCUUUUCCGGCUGAGUUCACGCAGACGAUGAAUUUGGACAGGUUUUCCGCAGAAUCUGCGCAGAUUUAGCAAAGUCUGCGUAUCGUGAACGCACCCCUUGUAUUUAUUCUUGGCAGUACUGCGGUAAUCUGCGAUAUAAAGAACACAACAAGGCGCUACGCAACCCCCGUGACAGGAAGUCAUGUGAUUAGGAAGUGAAUCUUGGGAGUCAAAAUCCAGAGAGCGAUCACUGUAUGCAGGAAUUGGUUCUGGACAUGGCCAUUUUAAGGAGUUCCUGUCAUUGAGGAAGAUCUGCUUUACUCUAGAGGAAGGUGUUAAAUCAAGUUGAAGAUUUGAGUUGGGAGUUGUUUCCAAAGGACUGAGUAAAUUCGUUUCAACUAUGGUGGAUUUUUUGGCUGAAAACAAUUUAUGUGGUCAAGCAGUCCUUCGGAUUGUGUCCUGUGGAAAUGCAAUCAUUGCAGAACUUCUCAGACUUUCAGAAUUCAUUCCCAGUAUCUUCAGAUUGAAAGAAAAGACUGAUCAACAGAAAUAUGGAGAUAUCAUCUGUGACUUCAGUUAUUUUAAGGGCCCAGAGUACUAUGAAGGAAAGUUGGAAGCCAAGCCAGAGCUUCAGGAUUUAGAUGAAGAAUUCCGUGAUAAUAACAUUGAAAUACUAUCACGCUUUUAUUUUGCAUUUGAAAGUGUUCACAAGUAUAUUGUCGAUUUAAACAGGUAUUUGGAGGAUCUUAACGAAGGCGUUUACAUUCAGCAGACAUUAGAAACUGUACUACUAAAUGAAGAUGGAAAACAGCUUUUGUGUGAAGCUCUUUAUUUGUAUGGUGUCAUGUUGCUGGUUGUUGACCAGAAAAUGGAAGGAGAAGUCAGAGAGAGAAUGCUGGUGUCUUACUACAGAUACAGUGCUGCUCGCUCUUCUGCAGACUCCAAUCUGGAUGAUAUCUGCAAGCUGUUACGCAGCACAGGGUAUUCAAGUCAGCCAGGAGCCAAACGUCCUCCAAACUAUCCUGAAAGUUACUUCCAGAGGGUGCCUAUCAGCGAGACCUUCAUCAGUAUGGUGAUAGGCCGUCUGCGCUCAGAUGACAUCUAUAAUCAGGUUUCAGCUUAUCCUUUGCCAGAACACCGCAGCACUGCGCUUGCCAACCAAGCUGCCAUGCUGUAUGUUAUCCUGUUUUUCACACCUUCUAUUCUCCACACUCAACAAGCCAAGAUGAGGGAGAUUGUGGAUAAGUAUUUCCCUGAUAACUGGGUUAUUAGUAUCUACAUGGGAAUCACAGUUAAUUUACUGGAAGCUUGGGAACCCUAUAAAGCCGCCAAAACUGCACUUAAUUAUACACUGGAUCAAGCAAAUAUCAGAGAGCAGGCGAGUCGAUAUGCUGGUAGUAUUGAUCGGUUGAGGCCUCAGUUACAGCAGUUUCUAAAAGAAGGCUUCCUGAGGGAGGAGAUUGUGCUGGACAAUAUUCCGAAACUGCUGAACUGCCUUCGAGACUGCAAUGUUGCCAUCCGCUGGCUGAUGCUUCAUACAGCAGAACCAGCUUAUGACCCAAAUAACAAAAGAUUGCGUCAGAUAAAGGAUCAAGUUAUCAAUGACUCCAAAUACAGCCCCAAGAUUCUAUUCCAGUUACUGUUGGAUACUGCUCAGUUUGAGUUUGUUCUAAAGGAGAUGUUCAAGCAGAUGCUGUCUGAGAAACAACUGAAAUGGGAAAACUAUAAGGAGGAGGGUUCAGAGCGAAUGACUGAACUUGCUGAGGUGUUCUCUGGGGUAAAACCCCUUACUAGGGUGGAGAAGAAUGAAAACCUCCAGGCGUGGUUCAGAGAGAUAUCAAAGCAGAUCUUGUCUCUGAACUAUGAGGACUCCACGGCUGCGGGGAGGAAAACCGUCCAGCUGAUCCAGGCUUUAGAAGAGGUGCAGGAAUUUCACCAGCUGGAAUCCAACCUACAGGUUUGCCAAUUUCUGGCAGACACUCGUAAGUUCCUCCAUCAAAUGAUUCGCACUAUAAACAUCAAAGAAGAGGUGCUGAUCACAAUGCAGAUCAUUGGAGACUUGUCGUAUGCUUGGCAGCUCAUUGACAGUUUCACGUCAAUCAUGCAAGAGAGCAUCAGAGCAAGUCCAUCCAUGGUGACAAAACUGAGAGCCACUUUCCUAAAGCUUGCCUCAGCUCUUGACCUGCCACUGCUGCGGAUAAAUCAGGCAAACAGCCCUGACCUCUUGAGUGUCUCCCAGUAUUACUCCGGGGAGCUGGUUUCCUACGUCAGAAAGGUGUUACAAAUCAUUCCUGAGAGCAUGUUCACCUCUCUGGCUAAAAUUAUAAAGCUGCAGAUCCAUGACAUCAUGGAAGUGCCAACACGGUUAGACAAGGACAAGCUGAGAGACUACGCUCAACUUGGCGCUCGCUAUGAGGUUGCCAAGCUUACACAUGCCAUUUCCAUUUUCACUGAAGGAAUUCUUAUGAUGAAAACUACCCUGGUUGGCAUCAUAAAGGUGGACCCUAAGCAGUUAUUGGAAGAUGGAAUAAGAAAAGAGUUAGUUAGAAGAGUUGCAUUUGCUCUUCAUAAGGGUCUCAUCUUUAAUCCUAAAGCUAAGCUUCAGACAAGUGAACUAAUGCCAAAACUAAAGGAGAUGGCUGCUACUAUGGAUGGCUUCUAUCGUUCUUUUGAGUACAUCCAGGAUUAUGUCAGCAUCUACGGAUUAAAAAUCUGGCAGGAAGAGGUUUCCCGCAUUAUAAACUACAAUGUUGAGCAGGAGUGCAAUAACUUCCUGAGGACCAAGAUUCAAGACUGGCAAAGUGUUUACCAGUCCACCCACAUUCCAAUUCCUAAAUAUCCACCUGUGGAUGAAUCUGCAACAUUUAUUGGUCGGCUUUGUAGAGAGAUUCUGCGAAUCACAGACCCCAAAGUGACCUGCUACAUAGAUCAGAUGAACACGUGGUAUGACAUGAAGACUCAUCAGGAGGUGACCAACAAUCGGUUAUUUUCAGAGAUCCAAGACACCCUUGGAACAUUUGGUUUGAAUGGCCUAGACAGACUUCUCUGUUUUAUGAUUGUGAAGGAGCUACAGAAUUUUUUGAUCAUGUUCCAGAAGACAGUUCUUAUGGAUAGAAGUGUUUUAGAUACAUUAAAGGCAUUAAUGAAUGCUGUAAGUCCUGUUAAAGGAAUUGUGGGGAAUGCAAGCAAAGUCUACUCUACAGCUGUUGCGAAAACACAAAAAAUCUGGCCCUCGUAUUUGGAAGCAAUCCUAAAGGUGGGUCAGAUGCAGAUAUUAAGACAGCAGAUUGCUAACGAAUUGAACUACUCCUGUAAGUUUGACUCUAAACAUCUAGCAGCUGCUCUAGAGAACCUGAACAAAUCUCUUCUGGCUGAUAUUGAAGCUCAUUACCAGGACCCCUCACUGCCAUAUCCAAAAGAAGACAACCCCCUUCUGUAUGAAAUAGCAGCAUAUUUGGAAGCAGCAGGAGUACACAAUCCUCUGAAUAAAAUCUACAUAACAACGAAACGCCUGUCGUAUUUUCCUAUAGUGAACUUUCUGUUUCUCGUUGCCCAGUUGCCAAAGCUGCAUUACAACAAGAACCAAGGAAUGACUUGUAGGAAGUCCACAGACCCAAUAGACUGGCCUCCCUUGGUUCUGGGGCUUCUGACCUUGCUGAAGCAGUUCCAUUCAAGAUACACAGAACAAUUUUUGGCCCUAAUUGGUCAAUUUAUCCGCUCUUUAAUGGAUCAGUGCACAAGUCAGAAGAUUCCAGAAAUGCCAUCUGAUGUUGUUGGGGGUCUCAUGUUCCUGGAAGAUUAUGUUCAUGACACGAAACUACCUAGAAAGGUUGCUGAAGCCCAUGUUCCAAGUUUCAUUUUCGAUGAAUUUAGAACUAUUCUCUGAUCCAGACGAAGACUCCAGAUAAAGAACUUGCCAUGAGAAACAGCAGAUCCAGUUUAUGGAUGAGCUUAUGGGAUCUUCAAGUACUAAUGCAUUUACUACAGCAGUUAAAUUUCUAACAAAUGCACUCGCGUAUUAGGGAAGUGCAUACAUCUUGUUUUGCAUUAAACUGUAUAAUUUACAUAGAGAACUAAUGUACACAAUACUAUUAAUUUGUUCAUGUGCUGGAAUUGAAGUGGUUUUGCACAAAACAAUAUUUUGUUUUAGAAUAACACUGUAUUAGUUGUUUAUAAGCAAACAGACUAGUAAGGAAUUACCAAUUACCUGUAUUGCCAGCAAGUAAAUUUGUUUUGAUUAACUUGCACUAUUAAACUGUCAGACAAGUGUUUUUAUAUUGUGUUAUAACAUUCAUGUUCCCUCUUGAAGUCAUUUUGCCAUGUAGGCCUAACUGAUACCUGCAAUUUUUUUCUUUUCAUUGUUAACAUCCUGACAACUUUUUGCACUUAUAACUUCAAAGUCUGUUUUAAAAACUCUUUUCAAAAAGUACGUUAUUUAAACAGUUGUAGCAACACGUGGGGACGUAUACGUAGAUCAUCACAUUGAAUGUUGUAUUUGUUUUGAAACAAACAAUGUUUUAAAAUUAAAAGGAAGAAUGUCUCACUUGUGAGACUUCUAAGUACAUUACAUUAAAAUAAUAGCACAUAACCCUAGCAAAUACUUUAAGAAUAGCACAUAAACCAAGACCAGAUGACACAGUUGGAAAUUAAGUGGAGGCAGGCUUCGGACUGAGGCUAGGAAACACUUAUUAAGGUAUUGAAUUGGUUACCUAUGGGAUAAGUACUGAUUUGAUUUAAAUAUUUCAAAUGUAUUUGAAAUUUCUAAAUAAUUAAAUAUUUUAAAUAA